UGAUAACGAGCAUUUAGUAGAAUAACAGUUUUAUAGCCCUUCAACACUUGCUCUAUUAUUUGUUAAUUAUUGAUGCCAUGAGACGCUUUCGUAGAUGUCUAACUAGUCUGACAGUGGCCCUGCUGUGUGUGCAUGUUGGGACAAGCUUGGCUGGUGAAGAUGGCUGUAAAGGUCGGGACUAUGGCCAUGGUAGCACCGUGUGUGUGUGUGACUCUUCCUUUUGUGAUACAAUCCCACCCAUCCAGCUUCCUCAAGUCGGGGAAGCUCUGAUUGUGACAUCUAAUAAGGCAGGGCUCAGAUGGAGUGUUUCUACUGGAAAAUUUUCACAACAUGGGAAUGAGAUCUCUCCAUCUGAAGAUGUGAAAAUUGAAAUAAGCAGCAAUGUGCAAUACCAAAAGAUAAUUGGGUUUGGGGGAGCUUUCACAGAUGCUUCUGGACUGAACAUUCUGAGUUUGCCAGAACCAAUGCAAGAGAUGUUACUGAGAGCUUACUAUUCUGUAAAUGGCCUGGAAUAUACCUUGGGUCGUGUUCCUAUUGGUGGGACUGACUUCAGCACUCGCCCAUAUACCUAUGAUGACUUGAAGGACGGAGAGACUGAUAUGAAGCUGUCUCACUUUGCUCUUGCCGAAGAUGAUUUGAAGUAUAAGAUACCAUUGAUACGCAGAGCAACUAAUAUGUCGUCGACUCCAAUCAAACUUUUUGGUUCAGCUUGGGGUGCUCCAGGCUGGAUGAAGGACAAUGGACAAAUUUCAGGAAAGGGCAAAUUACUGAAAAAAAUGUACAUGACUUGGGCUGAAUACCAUGUUAGAUUUAUUAAGAGCUAUGGAAAGUACAACAUUUCAUUCUGGGGUCUUACCACUCAAAAUGAACCAAGUGAUGGCCUCGAGGAAUCUUUCAAUUUUAAUUCUGUUGGAUGGACUCCUGAAGAUCAGGCAAGAUGGAUUGGACAGCACCUUGGCCCUGCCCUGCACAACAACAGCCUCAGUCAUUUGAAAGUUAUGAUUUUGGAUGACAAUCGUAUCUUCUUACCCAAAUGGGCAGAUGAUAUCAUGUCCGACAGCAGAGCAGCUGCGUAUGUUUCAGGAGUGGCUGUCCACUGGUACACAGACUGGUUCACUCCUAGUUUGGCUCUUGAUCUGACACAUGAGCAUCACCCAGAGCUUUUCUUGCUUUAUACCGAGGCUUGCACAGGACAGUGGCCAUGGCAGCCUUUGAAGGUAGUGCUGGGAUCGUGGGUGAGGGCUGAAGAGUAUGCUGCUAAUAUAAUAGAGAAUCUGGAGCACUGGGUGUCAGGCUGGACUGACUGGAACCUUGCCCUGGAUGUGAAGGGUGGACCAAACUGGGUAAAAAACUUUGUUGACUCGCCUAUCAUUGUUAAUGCUCCACGAGGAGAGUUCUACAAGCAACCCAUGUACUAUGCUUUGGCUCACUUUACUAAGUUCUUGCCAGAAGGCAGUCAGCGUGUGGCAUUGAGAGCUAUUUACUCUGGAGAGUCAACAGCUUCCUUCAGUCAUACUGCAUUUAUACGCCCAGAUAAUGCAACUGUUCUUAUAUUUCUGAAUAAGGGCCAUAAUGUAGCAAAAGUAAGAAUUAUGGACAACGCUGGAGAGAUGGUUCUCUCAGUAGAUCCCCAUACUAUCAUCACACUUGCCUGGAACACAUCAGUUGGAAGGUGAUUUGGUUGUGUGUAUUUCUGAGGUCCUUCAGUAGUCCCCAGUGCUUGUGUGUUGGAACCACUAGGGACUGUACAGUAUUAAUAAAAUUCUCAAGUACC